AUGCCACCAGCACGGUUGAGUCAACCUCACAUCGCGAAGACGUGUCCGGUGGGAUUCAACGCAAAGCUUGGAACAUGCUGGGCGCAAUGUCCGUACUCGUUCCCUGUGCAGUGUGGGAUGGAGUGUACCCGACAGAAUGACGACUGUGUGCUCGAAAUCGUCACGAAGGUCUCAGCUUUGGCUCAGACGACUCUGUCUCUCAUCACGUACGACGUCUUUGGCAAGCUUUCUAAGUUAGCUCUAGCUGUCCAAGUGGUUAUUAAAUGUGCCAAGUACACGAUGGGUUUGAUCAAGGCAUUGGCGAGGUAUAUUCGAAACAUCAUGGUAACUGAACCACAGACACCUCAAGACAAGCUACUUGCGAUGCUCUACCAGACAGACAACGUCGUCGUCAAUAUCCCCAUCGCUGUGUCGUAUUGCAUCGGAAGAUCCGCGUCUGACGAGAUCAAGUUUGUCGACAGUGUACUCAUGACCGCAGAGUAUGUGUUGAAGGAAGUCGUGGCCAAUGGAGCAGCUAUGCUUUCCAGUUGGGAGAAAUUCACCGGCUUCAUGAUGAACAUGACGCAAACAGACUUGUUGGCUCCACUGGGCUCCAAGGACAUCACGUCACUAAAGUCCGCAAUGAAGUCCGAUUCCACCUGCGGCUUUGACAUGAAGCGUGUGUUGGAUCGAACGUGGAUGACGGUGGCGGAAUAUCGUAAGCGAAAUCCAGAAAUGUCCGAAGACGACAUUCGUGUAGCGGUCAGCAAGUCAAAUCUCGUUCUUAACGAUAUCCCGACAGCUACGAAUAAUUGUAUGGGCGAUCUGAUCGCGGAAUCGGACGAGGCCACGGCAUUCGCCACUCGUGAUAAACUUCGCAAGACGUUCGGAGGGAUCGUAGAUGAUCUGAUAAAAUCGGGAACAAGCAAUAACGGGUCAUACCUUAAAGCCAAGGGGUACGCGUUUAACAUAGCGGAUAAAGCGUUCAGCUUCUGGGCCAUUUGGGACCCGUGGUCUGCCACUGGAGCGAUUUCCGAGUAUUUUCAACCGAUUUGUGGCCCAACAGAGUACAUCGGCGAAGUCGAUGAUGGUGAUGCGACGAAAGCUUUGGGCUUGUCAGCUGUUCAACGCGCUUUCAAUAAUUCUGAAGGUUUCUGGAAAAAAGCAGGCGACGGUAGUGUCGACGUUAAAUUUGAAAGCGAUGAUACGGAGGAUGUGACCAGAUCAAAUGUGACGAUGUUAGGAGGAAAAACCCUGUACCUCGAUCGAUGGCGUUCGGGAUUUCUGGGUCUCCCGGGUACUGGUGGUGGAUCGUUGCUGUUGUGGAUUCCUUGA